CUAUAGUUCGCUGCCUCGUUAUGGUGCGUCGCGGCGUCGCCUUUGCCUCGAUUUUUCUUUUUCUUCCACGUGUAUUUCGCUUGUAAGCGCCUUCGCGUACCUGGUUCUCAUGGCCUCUCCGAGGUUCGUCGUUCUUACCGGUUCGCCUGGUGUUGGCAAAACCACUAUUGUAAAGAACGCAGUGAAGGCUCUUACUGAUCAAGAUAUCACUGUCUCGGGCUUCUACACGACAGAACUACGAGAGAAUGGAAACAGAGUUGGAUUUGAUGUUGUUACGACAGACGGCAAAAGGGCCCCGCUAGCUCGGCUUCGCGAAAUGUGCCCCAGUGGAAGAGGUCCGUUUGUGGGAAAGUACUGUGUCAAUGUGCACGCAUUCGAAAACAUUGUCUUAGACUCUUUAAAAACGAAGUGUGAUGUACUUGUCAUUGAUGAAGUUGGCAAGAUGGAACUUUUCUCCAAGCCAUUUGGUAACCGAGUUGCUGAACUCUUUUCGGACGAAAACAACUGUAUUCUCGUCACUGUACCCGUGAGCACUGGAACGCUGUGCCUACCUCUUGUGGACCAGAUCAAAAGUGAUAAGUGCGCUAGAGUCUUGACCGUGAACCGCUCAAAUCGGGACUAUCUCGUGAAUGAAGUGUUGGGCACUCUUCGAAAUGCUGUUGGAAAAUAAAAGUGUCCUAGGACAUCGUC